ACAUACACACACACACACGCACAUAUGCAUAUAGAAACAAUCUCUUUCUUGGUACCUUAUGUGCAAUUACAUGUAUGAACUACUGAAACUUCACAUGAAUUGCUUCAUCAAUCACCAAAUAUGAAACCACCCAUUAAACAAAUUGAUCAUUAUGGGUGAUUGGUGGGUCAGCACAGAGAAAAGAUUGAAACUUGCAUAUAUAUAAAAAGGAUCAAGGUUCCUUUCCUCUUAUCAAACUCCAUAGCUACCUUACUUACAUCUAGUGCAAUUAUAGUGAGAGCUGAAAUCUAAUGGCAGUAGAGGCAGUUGUAUCUGUGGUGUUACAGAAACUAACCGAGAUGCUGAACGGGCAAUCACUAACCCAAAACAAAUACAUAAGCUAUGAAGUGCAGGACAUCAUGAAGUCGCUCAACUCGAUCAGAGACUUGAUGAUCUCCACAAAAGAGAUCAACCAGCAAGCAGAAGAGUAUCUGAAUGCUGUCUACAACGUUGAAGAUACGAUCGAGAAGUUCACUCUCGUUGUUGUCCGCCAGAGAAAGGUAUACGGGUUCUUAACCAACCAUAUCUUCUUCUUUAACAACUUGAAUUCUUGCCAGAAGAUCCACCAGAAAAUCAAGAAAAUCACGACCCAACUGAUGCAGCUAAAAGCCCAUACACCUUACAGAAAGAUUCAUAUUGAAGAAAUUCAAACUGAAGAGGAAAAAGAUGAAGAAACUGUGGUUGGAAAUCAUAAAACCAUCGAGGGUUGUUCUUCAACUUCAGAAAUGCAAGCAACAAAUCCUGGCAGCUAUAUGGAGGAACUGACCUUCAGCUACUCAUGCAAUGAAGAAGAGAUGCAGAUUGUAGGUAUCAAAGAACGCUUUCAGAAAAUGUCGAGCUUUUCCUACAAAGAAGAAGAAUUGGGCAUCUUUGGUUUGAAAGAAGAUGUCGAAAUUCUGGUGAAGCAGCUCACUAAAAACAGUGAACAUUUUGUCUCGAUUGUUGGUCAAGGGGGAAUAGGCAAAACCACACUUGCUCGCACGAUCUACAAAAAUAGAAACAUCAAGUGCCAUUUUCAGUUCCGUGCUUGGGUUUCGGUGUUGGAGGAGUAUACCACAAAAGACAUCCUGCUAUCCUUGUUCAAAACAACAGAUACCAUGACAGAUAAAACCACAAGUUUGGAUGAUGAGAAAGCAAUGAAGUUGAAGCUCUCAGAUUACUUCAAGAAUAAGCGGUAUUUGAUCAUCUUAGAUGGUGCAAGUACUUGCAAUAUUUGGAAAGAUAUAAAAGAAACCUUCCCAGAUGUGAAAAAUGGAAGUAAAGUGGUCUUCACAUCUACACAAACAAUGGAAACCACAGAGGUGGGCAUAGUUUCACAUCAUAUGAUGCCUCUAAAUGAAGAUGAUAGCUUGAAAAUGUUCAAAAAGAAGGUUGGUAAAGAAGAAAGUUGGCCUCUAAUUUCAGAAACAUCAAAGAAGGCAAUUGUGCAGAGCUGCAAUGGUCUACCCCUGAAUAUAGUCCUGCUUGCAGGUCUAUUCUCCAUGAAGGAUCCAAACAGCUGGUGUCAAGUCUUUUCUUGCAUGAAAAACUCUAACAACAUAUUGUCCCUUUGCUAUAACGACUUGACCGACCACUUGAAGGUAUGUCUGCUUUAUUCAGUGCUUUUUCCUAAAGAAUUUGACAUCCCAGUAAGAAGGUUACUGCGGUUGUGGCUUGCUGAAGGGUUUGUGAAACAGAAUUCAACCAUCGUAUUUCCAGAAGAUAUUGCAGAAACAUAUUUUGAUGAAUUAGUUAACAGGAACAUGAUUCAAAUAUCAAAGUUGAGGUCUGACAAUAGCCCAAGAAGAUGUCGUGUGCUUGGAGUUCUACAUGAUUAUUUGUGGCCUAAAGCGCAAGAAACCAAUCUCUUUUACACUUAUCGUAAUUUGAUUAGUUAUGAAGAAGUAGGUACUUUAAACAUCCGUAGGAUGGUUGAGUAUGAAAGUUCAAAAAGGGAAACAAGAAACCAGUUUGAAACUGAAAUGUCCAAGAACACACAACUUAAGAGUUCUUCGUUUAAUCCCUCUCACCUGCGGUCUUACGUGUCAUUUAACCAUCAGAAAACGGAUUAUAGGCAGGCAAAGCGAAUUGGAAGUUUUUUAGGAAAUAUCAUCAAUGAUGGUAUUGGGCUCUUACGGGUGCUUGACCUAGAGGGCGUGUAUAAACCAAUCUUGCCUGAAAACCUUGGUAACCUAUGCAAUUUGAGGUACUUAGGCCUGAGAUCAACAUACUUGGAUAGUCUCCCUCCAUCAGUUGGUGAAUUGACCCAUUUGGAAACAUUAGAUGUGAAACACACAUGCAUAGAUGAGCUACCAGGUUCCAUUUGGAGAUUGAAAAAUCUCCAACAUCUCAAUCUAAAUGAAACAUGUCUAGAUAUGCAACCGCAUUCUUCCUUGAGGCUCUUGACACUCUGGGGAUUGUUUUUGGACAAGAAAAUCGCCAUAAAGAAUGGUUUAGAUAAGUUGCAUGAUCUUAGAGAAUUGGGUAUUACAUUCCAGCCAAAAACCAACCAGGAUGACUUAAUGGAUUGGAUCGGCAACUUAGAAGCUUUACGUUCAUUAAGGUUGCGAUCCAAAGACAAUUUAGGGCGCGCUUCAAAACUCGUGUUCAGAUCAAUGUCAAAUCUGAGGCAACUUUCCCACCUAAACUUGUUGGGGAAUUUAGAAAAGCUACCUGAUCAAAAUGAAUUCCCACCAACACUGAAGGUUUUGACAUUAUCAAUCUCACUGCUAAAGCGGGAUCCUAUGCAAACUCUAGGCCAACUUCCUUGCCUAACGGUGCUCCGACUCUUGGGGGAAUCCUACAUAGGAAAAGAAAUGGUUUGCAGAAAAGGGGGGUUUAGUAAGCUUAGAUUGUUGAGAAUGUGGAAGCUGAAAGAGUUGAAGAACUGGUUUGUUGAAGAAGGAUCAAUGGAAAACCUCAAACAUCUGGAUAUCAGGUGCUGUGAUAGAUUAAGUAACAUUCCAACAACAUUGCUGCAACAACAGAAACUAGAAAAACUGGUACUGACAGGCAUGCCACAUAGAUUCACAACUGAGGUAGAACGCUUAAAAUCAGAUCACACAUCCAUGACCAUCAACCACUGGAAAUUUCCUCCAUUACCGUGGGAACAAGAUGAUACUACUUUGGUGAACCAUAGCUAAGUUUGAAGGUCCAAGCCCGUUAUCAAUAAAAAUAAACCAAUUGGAAGUUCCAAGAAUCCAUUACCAGUCAUAUUAUCAUAUGCUUUUGCAUUUGCUUAUUUGUGGUCAGAAGUUUGUUGUUGGUUUCUUGUUCUGAUUUCAUACCUGUAAACUCUUUGCAUGCCCAGAAAAUAAAUAAACUAUAAUCUUUUUUUAAGGGUGUCCCAGGCUGGACUAAUCCUGCCAAACUGUGAUGUAAUAAAUCUGCCCUGAUAAACUUAGCGGCCACAAUUGUUGUGAGCGCCUGGAAUAGAACCCGGACAACAUGUAGGAGAAAUGGAGGUUUGGGCUUUAGAGGGGUUGGCGUUGCUUGUAUUUUACAAUAGAUGCUUACUUGAUGGGAUAUUCCACCAUAUCCCGGGGCCUCAACCACUAUGCCACAACCCUUUGUGGUUAGAAACUGUAACCUUAUUAUUACCAUUGAGGCAUCUUGCCUACAUCUUUCUUAUCUUGGCAAUUUGGCAUCGCAAUUGGGAAUUUUGAAGAAGAUUGUAUAAGCAUUUUACAUAUUUUAUUCGUCAAGUAAUCGUAAUAUCGACUAAAUUAUGAUACCAAUGAAAGCAAUAGUGGAGUAAACCAUACCUGUUGUU